CCCAGCCAGAUUGGGAAGGAUGUUAUGAUUGAAUACUAUGGGACGUAAAGCGAGAUUCGAUGAGUGUUGUUUGUGGGCAUCCAUGGCCCCCAUGGUAUCCAAGGGAUCCUACAAGUACAUCAACCGAGAAGAAUAUGGAGACGCUUGUGCUCAACAUAUAAAAGUUUAAUUUCAGUAUGAAGAGUGCUGCUCUGCUCCAGAAGCUGGCUUUCUUGAAAGCCAGUGGGCGACCAGGUGCUAGUACGUUGCGGAGUUUUAGACCUGUCAAGUUCUCCAAGAAUCCUGAUUGGUGCCCCUAUCGUUGCGGGACUCCUCAGCACAGUUGCCAGAAUGCGCAUUCUUGCGGGAGGAAGUCUUUUCAGACUCUGCCGACCUGGCCAAGGCCAUCCAGACAGAGAAGCUUUGCUGUGGCCGCUAGCCAGCCAGACAGCAAACAGAAGACCCCAAAUGCAGACAGCGCAUCAGAAGGACCGAAGAAGCAGGGGCUGCCACAGGUAAUUACAAGGCCGUGGCGGGAUGGGGUGGCAAGUGCUGGGCAGCCCAUAGCGCAGACUGCAGCUCGCUGGCAAUCACGAGUGGCUGCAUACGCGCGCACCAGCUUCCUGUCAGCGUACGCAGCAUUUGUGGACAACACACUGGUGGCGCUGUUGCAAGCUCUGCGGCUGGACGACCUGUUCAGGCGGGCCACUCCCUGGCUCGAGGACCGCCUUGCAGGGCUCACCGGUUCAUGGCAUGUGACGGCGGACGGCCGCAAGCUGUCCUACUCGCUUGUCAACAACACCGCUACGGACUUCUCAAUUCCUUGGCAGUACUCUGCCACGGAGGUCUUGGCUGGCGGCACGGAGGCGGCGGACGGCGCUGCCGGCCCGUCGGCAGGCUACAACCCAGCUGUUGCGCACUUUCUGUCGCUGUGCAUGAAGCUGGUGUACGAGGAGGAGGGCAUCAUCAAGGACACAGUGGAGGCGCGGUGGGGCCUGCGUUUCCACAACUACUUCCAUACAGGUACCGACAGCUUCACGGCAGCUGUCCCGGAAGGCGGCGGGGCGGCCGCCUUUGUGCCGCGCACGCGCUGUGCCCUGCUCAGCUCGCCGCACGCCCUCAUACUGGUCUUCAGGGGCUCCGAGCCCACCAACCUGAUCAACCUGCGCUCCUCGGGCAGGCAAGAGCCUGGACUGCUGGACACAUAUUGUCUUUACUUAGGUUUGAAGGAGAAUGCUGCGGAUGAAGUCAGUCGGCGUCUGUGCAGGAUAAGCAUGACGGAGCGGAAGGGCUUGGGUCGGGUGCACGACGGCUUCUAUGGGGCGCUGUUCCAUGGUGAUGAAGAGAGCGGCGUCCUCUUCGAAGAGCUCAUCAGUGCCAUCCAUGCCGCAGAUCCCAGCGGGCAGAAGGCCAUCUAUCUGGCCGGGCACUCACUGGGCGCAGCGCUGGCAAUCCUCUUUGCACAGGUGGCGGCCAGCCGGGAGCUGCCCGUAGCGGACCGUAUCACGGCCGUGUACGGUUUUGCGCCGCCGCGCGUCGGCGACAAGGAGUUUGCGCGCCACGUGUCGGCCUCCUUCAAUGCCACAUCAUCGACAGGCCGUCGUCGCGCCUUCCGGGUAUGUCAUGGCGCUGACAUCAUCUGCCACCUGCCGCCGCUGAUGCUGCAGUACGCUGAUGUCGGCCAGGAAGUCUUCAUCACCAGCACUGGCCGCGUCCUCUUCAACCCAAAGGAGGUGAAGAGGUGGCACAACAUAGAGGGCUGGGGCUUCAUACCCCUGUACCUGUAUAAGCUGCUGGCCGGGGUCUUUGACAAAAGAGAGGGGACGCUCAGGUCUCUCUACAGGGUGUUCCUGCUUGUGACCUUCCCCGGCCUGACUGACCACUGGCCCGCUGACUAUGAAGGCAAGCUCAGAAAGGCGCUGAUUCGGGACGGCAAGAGCUUUAGAUAGGCGAGAAUGGUAGUGUUUAGAUUACUUGUUGGAGCCUUUCAGUGUAGAAUAGGUGCAGUAAUUAUUGCAGCAGAAAAGACUGAUUCUGCCGGAACUGCAAACUGACUGUGCUCAGCUUGUUUGCUCUGUGCAAGCAUUGGUAAGUCUGUAUUGCGAAGCACAGAGUUGCCUUUUGGUCGGAUUAUGAUGGCCAAUAAUUCGGUAGAACAGAGCCAUGCAGCGAGUACCGUAAAAUUGUGUGUGUCAUGCUUGUGCGGACACAGGUGCACCGUGAGAUGCAUCAUGCAUGAAAUUUUUGAACUCUGCUACACUGAGAUGUCUAGCAUGCAAAGCAUUCAUGAUGGAACACACAGUGCGCGCGUUCAUCAUAUACGCUAGCAGCGCUCUGUGCUCUUCUAAUCCGAGGGUAUUGAAGCUGAAGAUAUUGGGGAAUGCUGCUGUGUUGUAAAUUUAAUGGGUCUCUGCUCGUGCAAAA